AUGGAAAACAAGUUCGUUUUCCUCCUCUUCUUUGGGGCACUUGUCGGUGCCACGAGAGGUCAGGAGAACCCGGACGAAAGUUUCCUGGUGACGUCUGUCAACAAGCAAAGCUUGCUGAAGGCUUUGCUGCAGCAAGAAGCCACAUACGGACAAAGUGCAAUAGACGGCGAUAGCGCAAGAAGCGCAUAUAGCGUAGCAGGUGGCUAUGGUGCAGCAGGCGGCUUUGGCGCAGGAGGCGGCUAUGGUGCAGGAGGCGGCUUUGGCGCAGCAGGCGGCUUUGGGGCAGCAGGCAGCUAUGGUGGAGCAGACGGUUAUAGAGCAAUAGCCGGCCAUAGUGGCGGAUCGCAUAGCCAUCAUGGAUCCACCCACAAGGAUGAGCAUGGAUAUCACUACAACCGGCCAGACGAUCCGCUGUGUCUGCUAGGCGUUGGCCCUCAUUGUCAGGAAAAGAAACCUGGCAACGACUAUUUGCCACCGUGCUCGGCUGGAGGCCAUGGACCGCACUGUCAGGUUGGAGUACCUGCAGCACCACGACCGCCGUCAUUUGUUCCAGCGCCAUCUCACGGAGGUGCUCCAGUAGUACAGGUUCAGACAUUCGUCUUCGGUGCCUGCACAAAUGGAGGAUUCGGACCAUACUGUUGCACGAACGGAGCCAACACUCCCGACUGCUCGAUAAGUCUUCCACCGUACAUACCGCCACCACCUCAGCCUCCACCAGUGCAGCCUCCUCCGCCACCACCACCACCACCCCAAACACGUCCUCCACCUCAGACUCGUCCUCCAACUACGACAAGACCAAGACCUCCGCCGACGACUACUCGUCCUAGACCGGUAGUAACUACUACGAGACCUGUGCAAACAACGACGAGACCAAGACCUCCGCCAACAACGCCAAGGCCACCGCCUACAACUACUCGUCCUAGACCUCCACCAACAACGCCAAGGCCACCGCCGACGACUACUCGUCCUCGACCUCCGCCAACAACGCCAAGGCCACCUCCAACAACUACUCGUCCUAAGCCACCGCCAACAACGCCCAGGCCACCGCCGACGACUACUCGUCCUAGACCAGUAGUAACUACAACGAGGCCGAAGCCAACCACGACGAGACCGAAACCAACGACUACUCGUCCUAGGCCUCCACCAACAACGCCCAGGCCACCGCCGACGACUACUCGUCCUAGACCUCCGCCAACAACGCCAAGGCCACCGCCGACGACUACUCGUCCUAGACCGGUGGUAACUACAACGAGGCCGAAGCCAACAACGACAAGGCCGCGCCCUGUGCCAACCACGACGAGACCGAAACCAACGACUACUCGUCCUAGACCUCCGCCAACUACGCCCAGGCCACCACCGACGACUACUCGUCCUAGACCGGUGGUAACUACAACGAGGCCGAAGCCAACAACAACGAGACCGCGUCCUGUGCCAACUACAACGAGGCCGCGUCCUGUGCCAACCACUACGAGACCGCGACCAACAACGACGAGGCCAAGACCUCCGCCAACAACGCCUAGGCCACCGCCACCGACAACGGUAUCGUAUCCAGGAACGACACCAUCGGUUGUGUUCCUUGGUUGUCCAAACGGCGGAGUAGGUCCUUACUGCUGUACCAACGGAGGAGUUGGUCCGGGCUGUGCUAUUCCACAAGGUCCACCUUACAAGACCUGCGAUAAUGGUGGCGAACCACCGUUCUGCUGUGUCAAUGGAGGUGUUGGACCGUACUGCGUUGAGUUCCAGCAAGCGGUUGAGGUGAGCCCACCGACGACGAUCAUCUACACCGGUCAGCCGGUGUGUCCCAAUGGCGGAGAGCUACCGUUCUGUGAUCCACCAAACCAACAAGUGAAUCGCCCCACAUUCGCAGAGCAGCAGUCGCCUCAAAUACUGCCACAGAGACCGAUCAACCAGGGAGGCUACGGCGUUCGUCCACAGGUCUCAGGAGUUAGCGUGAUACCCAGCAGUACUGCGGCACCUUUCUACCAGGGUGAUGCCGGUUAUAGUCAGUCCUUUGCGAACUCUUUCGCCCAGGCCAUCACUCCUCGUCCGAUGAUAUUUGAUGGUCAGUCAGCACGUCCUGUGUCGAGAAUAGACACUGAACAGCGCCCACAGCCAACUGCCGGCCCAAUUCAGGUGACUCCAAGACCACAAACGCCUGCGGCACCGCGUCCACAGCCAACGCGCGCCCAGGCAACUCCACGACCACAGCCGUCAGCGGCACCGCGACCACAGCCAACGCGUGCCCAGGGAACUCCACGACCACAAACGCCUGCUCCGCAGCGACAAAAUGUCGCCGCAGCGGCAUCGGCAUCGGCAUCCAGCGGAUUCUCGAAUACGAAUUUCAACAACAGAUCGCCCAUCAGACCGGCAUCGGUGGCAGGCUUCGGACCAGCUAGCGUCGGAGGUUCCAACUUCCAGCGACCACAGUCGGAUGGUUCGAACGCUGAGCAUGGGUUCUACUACAAGGACGGUGAUCAGGCGGUCAUAUUCUAA